AUGAGCACAACUCCCGACGCACGAGCGAGGGACGAGCAGACCAAGAGGAUCCAGGAGAGCAUCGGCCACGUGGAGAAGCACUUUGGCGACUUGUGCAACAUGUUCGGCGACUACGCCCGCAAAGUCGCCAAGCUGCGCGACAAGGCCGACGUCUUGGUGCGAGGGGUCGCCGACUACGCCGACACCGAGACGCCCGGCCUCAAGAAAGGCGUAAAGCGGUUCGCCGAGCAGCUGGCCAAGAUCCAGGACUACCGGCAAGCGGAGGUGGAGCGACUCGAGGCCAAAGUGAUCAAGCCGCUGAAAGGUUACAGCGCGGUGGUGCAGCGUAAACGGGAGGACGUGAAGGCGGCCGAGAGCGCCAGGAUGCGAGGCACCAAGCAGAUGCUUCAGUUGGAACGCACUCGCCAACGCAACCCGGCCGACCGACAAGUCAUCGCCGAGAGCGAGUUACAGCGGGCCACCAUCGACGAGGCGCGGACCACGCGCCAGCUGGAGGAGACCAUGGACGACUUUGAGAAGCAGAAGAUUCGAGACAUCAAGAGGAUCAUGUGCGACUUUGCUUGCGUGGAGAUGUCCUUCCACGCCAAAGCCUUGGAACUCUUCACGCUGGCCUACCAGAGCGUCCAGAGCGUAGACGAGGACGACGACUUGGAGGUGUUCAGGAGCUCGCUGCACCCGCCCGACUACCCGGCACGCUUGGACAUCGUGCGCGCCAACUCUUUGGACGGGACCGGAACCGGGACCGCCUCCUCCUUCCUGACGCCCUCCACGGCCUUCCAGCAACAGAGAGCCUCCGGACGCCAGGGCGGAGAGGAGGAAGAGGAGGAGGAGGAGGAAGAAUCCGAAGAGGAGGAGGUGUCUGAAGACGAAGCUGGAUGACCAACUUGGCUUUCUGUCAUUUUACACUAAUAUACUGUACAUGAAUUUAUACGCCACGUGUGUACUAAUAUACAGUAUUCACUCACCUAUCAAGACACACACCAAAAUAAUAGAUAUUGUUGAUGACAAUGUUGUUGUUUUUUUUAACAAUUGUGACUGGUUUUCUAAUUGAUUGUCAUCUGAGCUAACUCAAGUAUUGCAGAAAAUUGCUACAUCGUCUCAGUUGGUCCGACGAGCGUAACCAGUCUUGUCUCUUCAAAUUGUCCAAGUCCUUAUGUGCUCGCUUG